AUGGAAUUCGUUGAUGUGACGAAGGAAUUGGAUAAGAAGCUAGAUUUAUAUCAUUAUUUUGAAAAAACUAUUAUUGGCUUCUAUGUUCGAUUUAUCAUGUGUGAUAAGAAGUAUGAACUAACUCUCUCAGAUAAGAUAAUGCAAAUCGAGGAUCCAGAUAAAAAAUAUAAACAAAUAGAUGAUUAUGCACAAAAGAAGCGUACUUACAGAAAUGCUAUUAAAAAAGUGCAAGAAAUAUUAUAUCAAAAGAUAGGCAGUUUAUACGAAACAUUUUAUGGUGAAUGGCUUAACUAUAAGAUUUUUAUGGAAAGUAAUCCUAUCAAGAUAUUAUGGGAAAGAUUCAUGAAAUACACUAUAAAAAUUACAAAAGAUAAAAACCUCUCAGUAAAUGAUGAAAUGAAGGAAAAAAUAUGCUCUUAUUUUGCUCGAUAUCCUAGUGAGCUUGUAAAAUGUAUUGAAGAGUAUAAUUUAUUCUUUCAUAAAUUAGUCUAUCAUAUGUGUUACAAAGAACAUAUAUCAAUUCCAGAAGAAAUUAGCCCAGUUUCAUCUAUACGAAAAAAUGAGAUAAUUGUUGACCUACUAGCUUUACCUUACAUAUCAGAAAUUGAGGCGCUAAAUGACAUUAGUAAUUUAUGGUAUUUCCAUUUUGAGGAUAUAACUGGGUCAGAGGCAUUAGCAAAGUACCUAAAUAGAUAA